AUUGCACGCUGUGAAAUACUCCUAUUUCCCACAGACCUGAGACAAACUCACCAAGGCAGAACUCAAAGCCAACCAGAGAAGAGCCAAAAUGAACCUUCUUCCCUCCUUCUCUAUGGAGACCUGGGCCCUUUUGCUCAUUUUCAUAGCCCUCCUGGUAGCAUAUGGGAUCUGGCCAUUUGGUUUGUUCAAGAAGUUGGGUAUUCCUGGGCCGACGCCUCUGCCUUUCUUCGGGACGUGCCUGGAAUACCGCAAAGGUUUCUUGGAUUUUGACAAUGAAUGUUUCCAGAAAUAUGGGAAAGUCUGGGGGAUUUAUGAUGGCAGGCAACCUGUGGUGGCUACCGUGGACCCCCAAAUCAUUAAAACUGUGCUGGUUAAAGAGUGUUACUCCACCUUUACCAACCGGAGGCAUAUGGAUCUAGCAGGGGUGCUGAACAACGCUGUCUCAUUAGCUGAAGACGAACAGUGGAAGAGGAUUCGUACCGUGCUCUCUCCAACCUUCACCAGUGGGAAACUAAAGGAGAUGUUUCCUAUAAUGAAGCACUAUGGGGAAGUUUUGGUGAAAAAUGUUCAAAAGCAAGUGGAAAAGGACAACGUUGUAGCUGUAAAGGACAUCUUCGGAAGCUACAGCAUGGAUGUUGUCACCAGCACUUCAUUUGGUGUGAACAUCGACUCCAUGAACAACCCCAAAGACCCCUUUGUCAGAGAGAUGCAGAAGUUGGUCAAGUUUGACUUUUUUGACCCAAUCUUCAUCUUGGCAUUUGUAUGCCCAUUCAUUACUCCUCUUUUGGCCAAGAUGAACAUAAGCUUCUUCCCCAGUGAUGCUGUAAGUUUCUUCAUGAGAGCCCUCUCCAAAAUUAAGCAGGAUCGUGAAAAGGAGCCUCACAAGGGCAGAGUAGAUUUUCUGCAGCUGAUGAUUGAAUCCCAGAAGUCAACCAGUCACGGGAGCAAUGGAGCAAAUCACUCAUAUAAAGCCCUGACUGACAUAGAGGUCCUGUCGCAAGCAUUCAUCUUUAUUUUUGCCGGCUACGAGCCCACCAGCAGCACACUUUGUUACCUGGCGUAUGAACUAGCCAUGCAUCCUGACGUGCAGCAAAAACUGCUGGAGGAAAUCGACACUGUUUUACCCAACAAGGCUCCUCUCACAUACGAAGCGAUGAUGCAAUUGGAAUAUCUUGACAUGGCAGUGAGUGAAACCCUUCGGCUCUUCCCCAUUGGGGGACGGCUUGAGAGAACCUGCAAGAAAGAUGUAGAAAUAAAUGGAGUGACCAUUCCCAAAGGAACCGUUGUUACUAUCCCACCCUAUACCCUGCACCGCAGCCCUGAGUACUGGCCAAACCCAGAAGAGUUCAGACCAGAAAGGUUCAGUAAGGAAAACAAAGAGUCCAUAGAUCCGUACACGUACCUGCCCUUCGGGGCUGGUCCCAGGAACUGCAUUGGGAUGCGAUUUGCUCUCCUGACUCUGAAAGUUGCCAUCGCCAUCCUGCUGCAACAUUUCACCUUCCAGACCUGCAAAGAAACUCAGAUCCCUCUCAAGCUGAGUUCACAGGGACUCUUAAGACCAGAGAAACCGAUUUUUCUGAAGUUAGUCCCCCGGACCAACACUGCACCUGCAGAGGCGUAAACACCAGCUGCGUCUGCAGCAAUUCUCCGGCAUCUAACGAGUGCUGUGCUAACAAAGGGAUCACACAUCGCAGGAAAUCUCUCCUGCAUGUACAGACACAGAAGAGCAGCUCUAGUUAAUUCUGUAAGCAAUUACUACAUAUUUACUAAUAAACAUAGCUGUCAGAAAUGUAAUGUGGAUCACUGGGCAGUGACAAUAUACAGUCCCCUUAAUUUUGAUUGCAGAAAACAAGAAAUAAAUCCAAAUGAGAAGCUGAUCAUCCACUCGCUUCUAAGGGGACUUCUCCAUCUGUAGAGAAGGAAUUACUGUCGCAUCCAAGAGAAACAAGGUGUGAUGGAAAUUCAAAUUGCCAGACCUUGCUGGGCAGGGAUGGGUGACGUUCUUCUUGGUGUAUUGAUGCUCGAAAUUUUGUGUGUUAUAAUUGAGCUGACUGGUGUGAGACUAUAUCCUAGUUACCAAACCUCUCUUGUGCCAUGUGUUAAUUAAACUAAAGUGUGUACAAAUACUGUCAUUAAAAAUGUUUGAGAGCUGC